AGGUAGCCGUUGCCAAGGCGGCGAGUACCCACGCGCCGCAACCGCUCUGCAACUCUCGGGUCCCAGACUUUCGCCCCGCGCAACACCGUUGUCCUCGAGUGUGUCGGCACCCCCACCUCAGCGCCGGCCGCUGCCCGGAGUCAGCCGAACCCCGCCUUUCCGCUCUCUGUCCCCGGCCCUGACAUGGGUGACCUGGAGCUGCUGCUGCCGGGAGAGGCUGAUGUGGUGGUGCGGGGACUGCGCAGGUUCCCGCUGCGCGAGAUAGGCUCCGGAGGGUGGAACCAGCAGCAUGAGAACCUGGAGAAGCUGAACAUGCAGGCCAUCCUUGAUGCCACCGCCAGCCAGGGUGAGCCCAUCCAGGAGCUGCUGGUCACACAUAGGAAGAUCCCAACGCUGGUGGAGGAGCUCAUCGCAGUGGAGAUGUGGAAGCAGAAGGUGUUCCCUGUGCUGUGCAGGCUGGAAGACUUCGAGCCCCAGAACACUUUUCCCAUAUACAUGGUGGUACACCAUGAGGCCUCCAUCAUCAACCUCCUGGAGACAGUGUUCUUCCACAAGGAGGUGUGUGAGUCGGCAGAGGACACGGUCUUGGACCUGGUGGACUACUGCCACCGCAAACUGACUCUGUUGGUGGCCCGGAGUGGCCAUGGAGGCCCCCCUGAGAGGGAGGAGUCCCAGUACAGCACCCCCAUGCAGGAGCUGCAGAAGCAGGCAGAGCUGAUGGAAUUUGAGAUCACACUGAAGGCGCUCUCCGUGCUGCGCUACAUCACAGAUUGCGUGGACAGCCUUUCUCUGAGCACCCUGAGCCACAUGCUCAGCACCCACAACCUGCCCUGCCUCCUGGUGGAACUGCUGGAGCACAGUCCCUGGAGCCGGCGGGAAGGAGGCAAGCUGCAGCAAUUUGAGGGUGGCCGUUGGCAGACAGUGGCCCCCUCAGAACAGCAAAAGCUGAGCAAAUUGGACGGGCAGGUGUGGAUUGCCCUGUACAACCUGCUGCUGAGCCCUGAGGCCCGAGCCCGCUACUGCAUCACGAGCUUUGUCAAGGGACAGCUACUCAAGCUUCGGGCCUUCCUCACAGACACACUGCUGGACCAGCUGCCCAACCUGGCAGACCUACAGGGUUUCCUGGCCCAGCUGGCCCUGGCUGAACCCCAGCCCCCUAAGAAGGAUCUGGUGUUAGAGCAGAUCCCAGGAAUUUGGGAGCGCCUACAGCAGGAAAACAGAGGUAAGUGGCAGGCUAUUGCCAAGCACCAACUGCAGCAGAUGUUCAGCCCCUCAGAGCAGGACCUGCGGCUGCAAGCCCGAAGGUGGGCUGAGACCUACAGGCUGGAUGUGCUAGAGGCAGUGGCUCCAGAGCGGCCCCGCUGUGCCUACUGCAGUGCGGAGGCCUCGAAGCGCUGUUCACGGUGCCAGAAUGAGUGGUAUUGCUGCAGGGAGUGCCAAGUCAAGCACUGGGCGAAGCAUGGAAAGGCUUGUGUCCUGGCAGCCCAAGGUGACAGAGCAAAGUGAAGACUGCAGCUCCUGAGAGCGGGCCACCCAUUCCAUACACCCCAGCUAGAAUGUGCCCCUGAACCUCAGCAUUUCCGCCUGGCUUCUGCAAGAGCCCCAAUUUCCCAGGUGGUGAGCCCAGCAGGCGGGCUGGAGCUGCUGCCCCAUCUUCCCCAGCAAAGCGCUCCCCGCUUCCUGCCGCACCCAGCGGGUAGGCUUAGGGCGCUGCCUCAGCUGGGGCAGGAGGCCUGGGGGGAGGAGGGACAAGGGCGG